GCCACCGCAAACAACCAAACAGACAGACACACCACGGAACUCAUCCGAUCAAAGCCUUUCCCGUCCAGUCUAAGCACCUUUCUCCAAUAGCUGGCGGCCAUGUCGACCCUAGAUAUAGCAGCAUCCUUUAUUCGUUGGACCUGCGGUGGCUGGGCCGCGGAGGCUGGGAAUGACAGGCCGGCAGCCGUAUCGCCAACCACCUCGGACGGUCGAUAGCAGCCCAAUUCAGAGCUCUUUUCUCCCUUGCUUCCUCCCCCCGACCAUCUUGUCUCUCUUAUCUCUCCCUCGACCGGCUCGGGUCCUACGCGCUGGGAAUGUCCAUGAGAUAUCUCAUACCGCGUUGCAAGUGAGCAAUUGAAACACAUAGUUACAUUCCUCGGUCGAUCCCGACCGCCAUGUUAGCUCCGGGAUCGGGCAAUGUGAGUCUACGGACUGUCAGUUCAAGUAGACCGCAGAUGAUACACACCGAGGAUCAACAGUCCGUUGCCGCUUCAGAUGACUACUACUCUUUCUCAAGCCAGAGCUCCAGCGCAAGGUCUCGGACGAGUGGCAGUCGAGCCAAUGUCGUGCGCUAUGCAACCCCCAACUCUCGACCUGCAUCCCGUCCUCCUUCCCCUAGCAUAUCAAGAACGCAUCUCGCCCCGCCGGUGGCUGGUGCGCCAUCGCAACCCUCUAUAGACUCCUCGAGCGACAACAGAAUCUUUCUGACACCCGCGUCUCAGACGAUACGCUCCGUCGAGGAUAGACAAAUUCACCUGAACCCCAUGUCCCAUAUCACAUCCAGUCGGGCUCCCGCCGACAGCUACGCGGGACGCCCACCAACUCCUGGAAUGGACGACUCGCCUUAUAUUCAUUUCGCCAUUAGCCAGCUGACGCGUGAUGAGGAAGUGGCGGGCCCCAGGAGGAGAAGUUCGAUCGUGAGCCGUGACUCGCCCGCUGAGCCUCUACUUUGGGAUGAUGGCUUGGGCUGCUUCAUCCGCUCACAUGGACCUUCCUCAACCCCGAACGUCAGACACCAGCAGAAAUCUCCUAUCUCCGCAAGAAGGUCGCCCCAGAAGUCGGUUGACCCGGAAUCUUUCAUCCCAGUGGAUCCCCCAGAGGAAAGCCUACUUUACCCUGCGCUGGACUAUGUGCCUCCUGUGUUGCGCACAUGGGCACUGGCCGCCCUCACUAUUUGCUGCCUGCUCAUGAUCGCCGGGAUUAUCUUUUGCAAUAUCUGGUCCCCAAGUCACAAAGGACUUUGGGAUUAUGAGAGACAAGGCGGUGCCCAUUACUUCGUCAUGCAAUUUCUACCGCAGAUUCUCGGUAUGAUCAUCACUAUUUGGACGUUCGUGGUUCAAGCUGCCGUUUAUCGCAUCAUGCCUUUUGCUAUCAUGGCAUCGGAGCGGCCGUUCGACCGCAUUCUUCAGAAGCUGCCAGUCGUGUCACGCAACUUCAUUCUGCCGGAUUUCUCGCAUUUUCGACAUGGCGAAGCCCUGGUUGGAUUCUCCUUGCUCUCAAUGUGGCUCUCGAAUUUCAUCGCAUUGCCGCUCCUGAGUUGUUUGUUCCAGGCCAAGUGGUAUGAAAUUGACGGCCAGGGCACGUGGCGAUGGGCUUCCGUUUUGGCUGUGGGCUGGACGCUGGUGGCUAUUUACGGAUUGAUGACUAUUGGGCUGGUUUUGCUCAUGCUUCGCUUUUUCCGUACAUGGUCAGGCUUGAUGUGGGAUCCUGUUAGCAUGGCUGAUCUCAUUUCGGUCAUUCAACGGUCAAACAUUCUGCACGAUUUCGAACAGUCCGAAACAUUGUCGCAUGUGGGGGAUUCACUCGACCCCCGAUUCCUUCGACUGGGUUACUGGCAAUUAUCAAAUCGCGGCGAGUUCUUCUAUGGUAUUGGUGAGGCUGACGCCCCGAUCCGAACACCAUCUCUUCACCACAUCGAGAAGAAUCUUCAGAUGCAGUCACACGGUCUGUCCAAGGUCUCAGUUGAUCUUGAGCGCCAGGGUAUGGCCGAAAAGGGCGAAUAUCACGAGAACCUAUACGCUCCUUCUGUUCGCUACCGCUGGAUUCCAUGGUUUCUCAAGGACACAUCCGUAAUAGCUUGGACGGUCAUCAUAUGUGCUUUAUUCGUCGCUUUUGUACUGGUUAGCUUUAUCCAUGACGCGAUCCAAGGAGGCUUCCCCCCACGGUUGCCCACAUUGCCUUCCACCGGUGGCUUUUCGUCUUCCAAUUUCUGCUACAGCUUUGUGCCGGCUCUGAUCGGAAACGUCUUUUUUCUCGCAUGGCAGCCCAUUGACGUCUUCUUUCGUGCGGCGCAACCCUUCGCUUCUUUGUCGUCACCCGAAGGUGCACGUGCAGAGGAGAGCCUGCUGCUGGCGUAUCCGUCGUGUCUUCCUUUCCAGGUGACGAUCCUGGCGGUCGCCAACAAGCACUACAAAGUGGCCUGGAUCUCAUUCAUGAGUAAUGCGUCUGCCGCCAUUCCCAUUCUCGCUGGGGGCGUCUUCAUUGCGUUGAAUUACCCGUCCGAACACGCAGUCAAGAUUGCAGCAUCGAUGCCUGCUUUCUAUGCGAUGGUGGUAUUUUGUGCACUCUAUACUGUGUCCUUCUUGUGUAUCUGGCCUCGCCGUCAACGCUACCUGCCUCAUGAAAUCAGCACGCUGGCCGAUUUGAUCAGCUUCCUCUACCAAAGCCCCCUCCUCGCGGAUAAAAUCUUGCGCGAGCCUAGGAGCAAAGCAGACCUAGUCACGCGACUGGUUGUCGCACCACCUGGGGACCGCGAGCAUUCUGUGUAUGGCUUUGGGAUAUAUGUCGGCCGCGAUGGCAAAGAACAUCUGGGAAUUGAUCGCCUUGACCGCCCCGGCCGGACCGAUAUGCUGAUUAAGACAGAAUAUACAAGGUAGUCCGGUUGCUCGCACAACAGUUGAGGAGUUGACGAAACCUGGACGGGCAUGCACUUGAUUCCUGCGCUCAAUCCGCAGCUCCUUCCUUUAUGCAAAUGAUUCAUGUAUUAUGAACGAUCGAUGAACUUACGGAUAUCCAUACAUGUGUUACGGUGUUACGAGCCCAACUUUCCGCCCGUUAUGAUGACUACUUAAUGAUAAUGAGACAUAUUGAUGUACUGAUGUAUCUAUGAACUAUGAUAUUGCUUUUUUUUGUAACUGUUUUUCCAGUUGUUUACCAGGUUUCAUGUUAUUGCAUGAAUCGUUUCAACUUGCUACGUUAACACCUUUCGAAUGGCACGUUCGGG